AUGAAGAAAGACGAUUUCCAGCAAUUAGAACGAGAGAAGAGUCAAUCUUCCAAGAAGACUACUCCCAAAAGGAUUAUCCAUUUUGUUGAUGGAGACACCUUGGAAGAAUAUAGCACAGAGGAGGAGGAGGAAGAAAAAGAUGGACAGAGAAUGAGUUCAACACUUGACCCUUCUAAACUCUCAUGGGGGCCCUACCUGUGGUUUUGGGCAGGACGAAUAGCAAGCAGCUCAUUUUCUACUUGUGAAUUCCUUGGUGGAAGAUUUGCUGUCUUCUUUGGUCUUACUCAAACCAAAUAUCAAUAUGUGUUAAAUGAGUACCACAGAAUACAAUAUAAGGAAAGUAACGAAGAAAGGGAAGAGAAUGGAUCAAAGGACCAGGCAGCUAAGUCUUCUAAUGAAAAGUGUCGCCUGAAGACUGGAGUCCCUGAAUAUGGGACCAGACAACAGGACCUGGCAAAGGCCAUUCCUCAGCAGGGCGCCUCAUCUAGGGAGGAUUUGGCGGCAGAUUCCAGCUCAUGA